AAAUCUCCAAAAUCCAGGUUAUGAUGCUGGGCUUCGUAGCCUUAGGGAGAUCGUUAAUUGAGACUUUAAAUUGGAAAUUAGGGAUCUGACUGUAUAUGGUUUUCUCUACUGACAAUUGGGUUCCACUUAAAGUUAAUUUUCUGACAUUCCAUAUCUAUAUUGACAUUCGCUUAAAACUUGUUUGACAAAACUACUCUGAGAGUUUUCUCUCAGAUUUGGUUAAUUCAAUAUUGAUGAACUCGAUUUAUGUUUAUGUUUCAGAUGGAGUUUGGAUUCUUAAUGAGGUUGCUUGAAAGAGGGUAAGACGAUGAACUGGAGAAUUUUCUGAGAACAAUGAUCGGUCACAGAAAAUAAUUGGAGACAGUUUGAAAAAUGUCUACAAGUCUUUCUUGGCUGAUUACCCAAUUGUAUCCAUUGAAGACCCAUUUGAUCAGGAUGACUGGGAACACUAUGCUCAGAUGACCAGUAAGGUUAACCAAAUUGGUUCUAUGACUGAGAGCAUUGAAGCGGUGAGAGUGUCUAAGCAUGCUGGAUGGGGUGUUAUGGCUAACCACCGAAGUGGUGAAACCGAGGAUACCUGUAUUGCUGAUCUCUCUAUUGGUUUGGCCACGAUGGAAGUGGAACAGAGUCUCACAAGGAAUUUGCUGGAAGUAUUGAAAAUUCCCUUGGAGCCAGAAGAUGAAGUAAAAGGUUUUCUUGGAGAACAUUAGAAAUGAUUAAUAAUGUGUCGCAGGUUUGUUGUUACUUUUGACCAGGGAACUAAAAAGUAAGGCUAUACUUUAUUUUUGUGCCCGUAGUAUACUUUUGUUUGGGGUAGGACUGACGUUCAACCCAAAACCAUCAGCC